CUUAAAUUUCCGCUUUUUCCUCCAUUUCGUUCCGUGUUGCCUGUUACCCCCCCCCCCUCUUCACUCUCCUCUCUCUUUCACUUCGCUCUCUCUCUCUACUUCUAAGCUCCUUACACUUCCAUCACCCCUUCCCCCUCCCCUACCUCACCUCACUCCAGCGGGGGGUCGUCGACCUUGUUCUUUGUUCCGCUUCCUUUCCUUCCUUCUUGUUCUUCUUGUUCGUCCUUUUCCGAUCGAGCCAUUCUUCCUUCUCCUCCAAUAACAAACACACACACAUAACUUACCAGAGCCAAAUGCGGUUUAGCGAGUACGCUGGGACCAACCGGCUGUCGUGCCGCGGCAAGGGCGUCACUGGGCCCAAUCGCAACGUCCUCUACAUUACACUCGCGCUCAUGGUCGUCAUCUACGGCGUCUUCCUGGCCUUCCCAGCGCGAUACUUGUACUAUAGCCUCUCAAAGUCCAUUCCGUUCGUCGGAUCAUACAUCUUUUUGCAGGCAUUUGUGUUAUUGAUUGCCACGGCGUUGAAAGACCCAGGCAUUCUCCCUCGAGCACGGGUGCCAGAACGGGAAGACCCGAUGGCGCCGCUUUACAAGGAUAUCAACGUGAAUGGGAUUGAUAUCAAACUAAAGUACUGUGUGACGUGCAACUUCUUCCGGCCACCUCGCGCCAACCAUUGCUCUAUUUGCAACAACUGCAUCGAGGGGUUUGACCACCACUGCCCUUGGAUUGCAAACUGCAUCGGGCGACGCAACUACCGCAUGUUCUUUGGCUUUGUGCUGUUUAUCACUCUGUUGACGAUAUGGGUCUUGGCAUUCUCAAUCGUGCAUAUUGUCCAAGCAGCCAACGAUGGAGUCUUCCAGGAGGCCGCUGCGUCCGUUAUUGUGGGUCUCUUCGCUUUCGUAGCCCUCUGGCCCGUUUUGAUGUUGUUAAACUUCCAUGCACGACUGGUGCGAUUGAACCUGACCACUAACGAGGAUAUCACUGAAAAGUAUGUCAAGACCGGCAAUCCGUUCGACCAAGGCUGCGCGAAGAAUUGCGCCAGUGUUCUGUGUGCUCCGCGCUUUCCUAGAUUCAUCAAGCCGGUGCAACCGCAGGAGGUGGAGCUGACCAAGGUCACAGCCACUAGCGCCGUCGCUGGCAGCGCUCCCUCUGCUUCAGAUGCCGCAGGCGUCCAAAUGGAACAAAGAUCCCCAUCUGCACCACCGUCCGAAUCCGCCCAAGUUGGCGAAGUUUAUGAUAACGCCUUGCGAUCAGAAACAAACCACGACUCAACUGUUGUGAACGUUGGAUCGGUUUAGAUAACAUCUCAUCACGAGUAAUAACUGUUGGGGUCGUUUUUUUCGAAAUAUACUACAUACAAAUCUGCUAACUGAACA